AUGGGAGGGAGCUGUUUUCAGAGGCGCGCAGCCGGCAGGCUACAGGUACUGUUUCCCUUCCUGCUACCUUUGCUCUACCCCGCGCUCUGCGAGCCGAUCCGCUACUCCAUUCCCGAGGAACUGGCCAAGGGCUCGGUGGUGGGGAACCUCGCCAAGGAUCUCGGGCUCAGCGUCCUGGACGUGUCGGCUCGGAAGCUGCGAGUUAGCACGGAGAAGCUGCUUUUCAGGGUAGACCCAGAGAGCGGGGACUUACUCGUGAACGACCGAAUAGACCGUGAGCAGAUAUGCAAAGAGAGAAGAAGAUGUGAGUUGCAGGUGGAAGCCGUGGUGGAAAAUCCUCUAAAUAUUUUUCAUAUCAUUGUGGCUAUUGAGGAUAUUAAUGACCAUGCCCCUCAGUUCCAUAAGGAUGAAAUAAAUUUAGAAAUCAGUGAAUCUGUUCCCCUGGGGACCGGAGCAAUUCUUGAGUCUGCAGAAGAUCCUGAUACUAGUAUGAAUUCACUGAGCAAAUACCAGUUAAGUCCUAAUGAAUAUUUCUCCUUGGUGGUGAAAGACAGUCCUGAUGGUAGCAAAUAUCCAGAAUUAGUACUGAAGAAGACCCUGGACCGAGAAACACAAAGCUCUCAUCAUCUGGUGCUGACAGCCUUCGACAGCGGGGAUCCACCACGAUUCAGCACGGCUCAAAUCCAAAUCCUGGUGGUGGAUGCCAAUGAUAACCCCCCAGUGUUCAGCCAAAAUAUAUACAGGGUCGGUCUUCCUGAAGGUGUACCCUCAGGCACUUUGGUGGUGAAGGUGAGCGCCACUGACCAAGAUGAAGGCUUCAAUGCUGAGAUCACAUACUCAUUCCUAGGUGUAGCUAAUAAAGCCCAGCACGUGUUCUCUCUGGAUUCUGCUACAGGAAACAUUAUAACUCAUCAGCCCUUGGAUUUUGAAGAAGUAGAAAGAUACACCAUGGAUGUAGAAGCCAAGGACCGAGGAUCCCUCUCUACGCGGUGUAAAGUAAUUGUAGAAGUUCUAGACGAAAAUGACAACAACCCUGAAAUAAUCAUUACUUCUUUCUCUGAUCAGAUUUUGGAAGAUUCCCUUCCAGGAAUGGUUGUGGCUCUCUUCAAAACACAGGACCAGGAUUCUGGGGAAAAUGGAGAAGUUACAUGUAGUUUAAGUAGAGAUACUCCGUUUAAGAUUCAUUCUUCAUCUAAUAAUUACUACAAGCUGGUGACAGAUGGAGCCCUAGACCGAGAACGGACUCCGGAA